GGGAGCGGUGACGCAAAUUCAGCGCGGUCUUCAUCAAUGGCUUGACUCGCCGGCGAUUUCAUCAAUGACGACCCCCAUCGCCGGAACGACGAUCCACGACACUACCGACCGCUCAUCACCGAUGAUCAAUUCAGAUUUGUAACUACGAAAUAGGACCUUUCGGCGGCUAUGCAUGAGGAUGGUUGGCGGGCGUCCUGGUUGUUGAUGGCUGCCAAUUUCAUUGUCGAAUAGGGUUUUCCCGGACAUCCUCUCCAGCUGCAGAACGUGAGACCAGAAGAAGAUCAAGGCAAGGGGUACUUUGAUGGAGAUGGUUGCUGCAGAUUGGGUAAAAUCUGACAAACGAGAAGAUGAUUUAGCUGGCCGUCCUGGGAGCAUUGUUCAGAAAUAUGCGGCACAAGGCGGGCCAGAGUUCUUCUUGAUUAUAAACAUUCAAGUGCCAGGUUCGACGACAUACAGCCUUGCAUUGUACUUCAUGAUGAACACGCCUUUGGAAGAUUCGCCAUUGCUACAGAGCUUUGUAAAUGGGGAUGAUGCAUUCAGGAACUCAAGAUUUAAGCUUAUUCCUUACAUAUCCAAGCGGCGUCGUGAUGGCGGUGAAGGGGCCUACAGGCGGGUGGAUUCCAAUGACGAGGAACUGCCGAACUGGGGACAGAAUUGGCAGGGCAACUCCGUUCUUCUCGGGCGAAGUUGUCGUUCAAGGAAAAAGAAGAUUUGUUGUAAGGUAAAUGCUACAUAAUAAUUAUUUAGGCACUCCAUAUGUUUGUCUUAUUUAAAAGAGAGGAUUGAUACAAAAUCUAAGUCUCCAAGAGCAUGCAUCAAGAAGCAUAUGCAACAAGAUAAUUAAAAAAAUUCUUUGAAGUGUUUAUUAUAUGUCAUUUUAGACAUGAGGAAAAAAGACACCUUUCCUCGUUAAUAUAUGCAGUUAUGACAAAAUAAUAUCGUCACAAUAUACACUUGUGACAAAAUGCAGUCAUUACAAUAUACAGUUAUGACAAAAUAUAAUUGUGUAAUAUGACGAACAAUUGUCCACAAAUCACCAAAUUAUGACAACCUUAAUGACAAAAUAUGUCGUCAGAACAUCUCUGUUUUUCAAAAUAGACUACCCAAAACCUCAGAUAUACUGAAAGCAAAUGUGACAACUUUUGUUUUAAAUAUUUGUCAAAUUUGACCUAUCUUGACGGCGAUAAAAUGACAAAUUUUUGUGACAACACCUUUUGACAUAUUAUACCCCUUUCAUUUCUCGAUCUACUUCUUUCUCUCAUCUCCGACCACUAAACCCUGACUCGGUAGCUCCUAAUCGACUAGAAAGACACCGACCAAGGUAAGACCAAGCCUGCAUGCGUGUUUUCUUUUGAUUCCUAGUUUAUUUCAGUUCUGACACAUUUUUUAAUUUGGAUUCUCCGAGCACCCACUGGUGAUGGUAUCUCAUAGGAGACGAGACGCCGGCCAAGGCGGCUUUGAACGCGAUGAAGAUGGCGAAAUAACUGACGAGAUGACGCUUGGAUUUCUGGCUUUGGAAGUUGACAGAUCUUAGUGAGAUUCUUCUAAUCCGUCUUUCCCUACUCUAUCCUCUAUUCCCAAUUAAAUUGUGGAUGUGGAUUUUAGGGAUUUAGAUUGAGGGAUUUACCUACGGGUGAUUGGUUUGCAGAUCUCUUUUGCAAUUUAUUGGAUAGUGGAUUUGUGUUCCAAGGGAUUUAGAUUGAGGGAUUUACUCCUCAUGCCGCCAGAUAGACCGAUCUUGAGAAGAGAAGCUUCAGAACCAGAUUAUGGUGAGUCUACAUUUUGAGCUUUGAAUCAUAACCAAAAGGGACGUAUACUUGUUUCCUUUUAUGGUCUCAGAUGAAAACCCUGCAAAGCCUUUUCUUUGUUGCUUUCUUAGUCGGAAGUCGGAACACCUAUCGCUAUAUUUAUAACGAAUGCAAGUUGCUGUUAAAAAUAUUAAUAUUUUAAGAUUCCCUUAAAAAGGUCGCACAAAGUGUUUUUCAGGUGCAGAGUACAACUCUCAAUCCCUUUUCGCCAUUUUCUUUUAUGAAAUAUAUUUUUCCUUCUCUUUGUUUAUUAUGUGGACCAGGUUGCUUCGUAUGAAUUCAAGUUUGCUAAAAGAUAAGAAUUUGAGGUGGCUUGUAUAAAGAAACUAAAAAAAAUUUA